CCGUAGCCAUUUUGGCUCAAGUUCUGUCCUUCGAGCUCCCGACGGCCCUCGCACUCCACGCAGGACCUCCGCUUCGGGGGCAAAACCACAACCGCCGUCAUGCCUCCCAAGCGCGGCGCCAAGGAGUUCAAGUUCCAGGUCCAGCUUGCCGGAGAAUGGGCAGACUUCGAUGCCAAAGAGGACAAGCUGCUGAAGCAAGCCUACCUGUCUGGGUUCCCGAACAUGAAGUACCGCUCGCGCGGACAACAGUACGAGGUGGACUUCAGGAACCUCGUGCAGAAGAACAAGGGCACGGGCAAGACGCGGGACAUCCGACCGCCGCACAAGUGGAAGCCGCCCCCCGCGCCGAUCAUGGAGCCUGGCCCCAUGACUUGCAUCAAGGUGCCGCCUGGGGGCCCAGGGACUACGAUCCAGGUUCCGCACCCGAAGGACAAGAGCCGGUUCAUCAGCGUCUCGGUGCCCGCAAGCGCCCGGCCUGGCCAGCCCAUGAUGGUGCCUGUGCCGCCGCUGGAGGAGGUCGAAGAGCCCGCCGUGGUCCCGUCUGCGCCAGCGCCGGCUGCGGCGGCGGCGGCGGCGGCCCCGCCCGCGGCCGCAGAGAAGCCCGAGAAAAAGGGCUGGAGCACCGGGGCCAAGGUCGCCGCUGGCACGGCUGGCGUGGCCGCGGUGGCUGGCCUGGCCGUGGGCGGCGUCAUCCUCGGGGAGCACAUCGUCGAGGAGGGCUGGGACGCCACGAUGGAGGACCUGGGCGACUGGGCUGGCGACGCAGGCUCGACCGUCGCGGGUGUUGCGGAGGAUGCCGGGGAGGCUAUCGCGGGCGCUGCGGAGGACGUCGUGGACUGGGUGGGCGACGCCGCGGACACCGCCGGCGACUUCAUCAUGGACGUGUUCUGAGGGCGCCGCGGGCAAACUGCUCGCCUGUGGGCAGGGCUGGCGCCAGCCAUGUCCAGAGAGGGAAUGCGGGAGGGGAC